AUGAGCCACCUACUAUCGGACCUGACAACCAACACGCGGUUCCAGUUUGCAGCUACCGCUCUCUUCUCAGGCGCGACGGUAGCUGCCCUCAUCUUUGGCUACCAGGCCCUAGAAAAGGAAGAGAGGUUAUCCGAGCUCAAGAGCUCCAUCCCCUCCCUUUCCGAGACCGGACCAAAGAUCAAGUCCAGCGUCCCAGACCCCAGGUUUGUCGACAAGGACGACCUCCGGAAUGAAGCCCUCGCCCGUCGCGCCCAGCGCGGCGACUUUGACGAGGAGCUCAUCCUCGAACAGCUCGCGCGCAACCGCGUCUUCCUCGGCGACGAUGGCCUCGCCAAACUCCGCGAGGCCUUCAUCAUCGUCGUCGGGCUAGGCGGUGUCGGCUCCCACUGCACCGCCGCGCUCGCGCGGUCCGGCGUCUCGAGGAUGCGCCUAGUCGACUUUGACCAAGUCUCCCUGAGCUCCCUCAACCGCCACGCCGUCGCCACUCUCGCCGACGUAGGCAUGGCCAAGGUGCAGUGCAUGCACAGGCGGCUCAUCGCCAUCACCCCAGGAUGGCCGGAAGCCGACUUCGUCGUCGACGCCAUCGACAAUAUCGAGACCAAGGUCGCGCUCCUCAAGUACUGCCACGACCACAAGAUCCCCGUCAUCUCCGCCGCCGGGUCCGGCUGCAAGAGCGACCCCACCCGGGUCAUGGUGGGCGACAUCUCCGGCACCACUGACGAUCCCCUCUCGCGGUCUACGCGCCGUAAGCUCAAGCUGCAGGACGUCACGUCUGGCAUCCCGGUCGUGUACUCCGUGGAGAAGAGCGGCGAGGGCAAGGCCUCCCUCCUGCCCCUGUCUGACGAGGAGUUUCAAAAGGGCUCGGUCGGGGAUCUGGGCGCCCUCCCCAACUUUCGUGUCCGGAUUUUGCCCGUCCUUGGGACCAUGCCGGCCAUUUUUGGCUAUACCGUAGCAAACCACGUUAUCCUUUCCAUCACAGUGACUGUUUAUGCGACUCCCGCUAACCCACAUUCAAGGUUACCCCUCAACUAUCCGGCUGUCAAGACGCGGGACAAGGCGUACGACACCGCUCUCUCCUUCCUCCAAGGCGCCGAGGAAAAGAUUGUGCGCGCCCGGGAGGGUGUAUCCGACCCCCUCGCCGCCAUGGGCCUCAAGUGCGCCGUGUCUGCGGGAGACGUCACGUACCUCAUCGAGGAAGUCUAUCGCGGGCGGAGCGUCGUGUCUGGAGUCCCCACAAAGCUUGUGCUUGUCCGCUGGCAGCCUCCCGAGGGCUCCAUCAUGACGGUCAUCGGCAGCGGGUCGGACGAGCAGAAGACAUCCAACCUCAAACUGCGCAACAUUGUGUGUAUGACCAAGGAAGAAGCUACGCGCCAUAUUGAAAAGGUGCUCAAGGGAGGCGCGAAGCUGGAGGAUGUGUACGAUGGCGAGGUAAUAGAGCGUGUGGCCGCGAGGCUGGCGGAAGCGGAGGAGGCGGAGAAGUGGAGGAUGUAG